UUUGAUAUAUUUAUACAAAGCUAUGACUUCUAUAGCUUGCACGUAAACUUUUAUAAACUAUCUUAAAUUAUCUGUCUUUGCGCAUAAACUGCCAUUAAUAAACUCGCACCAAACGUAAUAUAUUUCAGUGAACUCUAUAAUAUAUUGAAAAGAAAAGUAUGAUGAAUAAUUAGUUAAUAUAGUUUAUUAUUAAACAAAAAAUAUUUUUAGAGGGUGCAAUGCAGUCUCUACAUAUAGAGAAAUAUGAGCAUUUAAAGACUCUUUAAAAACACUUGUUUUUCAGUAAAUUAUAAAGUUCACUAAUUUUACUAUUAAAUAAUGCAAGGUAGAUAUUAUCUAUUGUUUCCAAUUAAUAAUUUUUUUUAGCAUUUCUAUACAAACUGAGAUUAGGUUAGAUUAUAUACUAACACAAUUACACUACCAACGUUUCAAUAUUAGUUUUAUAAAAUAAUCAUUGUAAAAUAAUUGACAAAAUAAAUGAAGAGCUAUCCAAUGUUAAACAGUUGGCACUAUUAGACAUUACACGUUGCGAAUUAUCAUUCGUUUAUACGAAUUUGAUAAGAUUCUAUACUCUCGAUUUCGGAGAAUGUACGGUACACGUAUCGCACGCUGUAGCUCAUAUAAAUCUUUUAGAUAUAUAGGAUUGUGAAAAAAGUAUUGUACAAUUAAAAGUGUAUUGUAACUUGCACAAUAAUUGAUGUACAAGAUGAGAGGCUUGUUAUUUGUGAGCCUAUUUUUGAUAAACAUAUUUACUGCGGAAUCUACAGACAUUGAUUUAAAGCAUUUGAAAUGUUUAGUUUGUAGGGCAACUAUGAAAGAAUUACAGGAUGAAAUAUCCAAAGCCAAUCCUAACACUUUAGUCGAAGUAGGUGUAUAUAGAAUGGAUGCUAAGGGAAACACUAUACAUAAAAAAGUUCCGUUAAGCCAAUCAGAAGUAUAUAUCUCCGAUGUCUUGGAUAAUAUCUGUGAGAAAAUGACAGAUUAUGUGAGAGCAACAAAAAAGUCUAACAAUCAAUUGACAAUUUUAAAUCUCAUGUCUUCGGGUAGUAUGAAUCCUUUAAUGAGUGAAGUUGAUGUAAUUCAAGAUGGUGAUUUAAAUAAAAGUCUCCAGCAUUAUUGUAGCGAUAUAGUUGGAGAAUUUGAAGACGAUAUAAUAUCAUUAUAUGUUAAUAAUAAAUUAAAUAAAAAAGAAAUGCUUUGCACGAAGAUCUCAAAUAUCUGUAAUGAUGAUUAUAUUGAUGAGGAUGAUGAAGAUAUUAAUGCAGAUGAUGAGAUUGAUUCUAAUAAUUAUAUUACUAACCAUGAUUACGAUGAAGAUAGAGAUGAAUUAUAAGUGCGUUUAGAACAAUUUUGAACAAGUUUGGAAAUGUUAUUUAUACAUAUAAGUGAAUUAAAAAAUUUUCAAAGAUGUUAGAUUAGAUUAAUCAUUUAAAUAAUUUUUGUUUUGUAAAACUUUGUACAUAGAAUACAUAAAUAUUCCAUAUUUUGUUAUGAAA